UAUGUCAUGACAAUUAAUAUUUCGAAAAAUGUCGGAACCUGUGGAGAUGUUACAAAUAAAUAAAUGUGUUUUAUCAAAAUUAUGGUAUACAUCUCUUAUUGCUUAUCAAGAAGCCAACGGUGAUAAGUCUUUUUCCUGUCAAAAUGAUAUUAUAAACUUCCUUGAAUCUGAAUUGUCAAUUGAAAAGUUAAUCUGUGCUCAAGAAAAUAGUCAACAGCAAUGGAUCGUUCAGAUAUUAUUUCAGAAACUUAUUGGCAACACAGCUUCAGAUAUCAAAAAUAUAAAGAAUUAUUCCAGUUGUAUGCAAAUGCUACACGCUCUGCAAUUAUGUCAAAAUUUAACAAUAGAUUUGCAACAGAGAUUAUUGAUGAUAUAUGAAAGUAAUUCAAAACAAAUAAAUUCAGAAGUAUUUGAAAAACUACGUGAAGAAUGUUUCGUAUUCUUAAGAGAAAACAUUUAUGAUAAUUCAGUCAUUAUUUGUUGGAUCAUUAAUGAAUUAUUGUCUUUAUAUUUUGAUAUAUCAUCCAAUGUUUUUCAUAGUUUCCAAGACAUUUACAUGUCGUUUCUAAACGAAUUAGUGGAAUAUAAACCAACAAAUAAACAACUAAUUGACAAUUCUCUUGGAUGCGCAUUAUGUAUUAUAUCUAAAAUGAAUAUAGUUGACUCUAACACAAUUGAAUGGUUAAAGUUAUGUUUUCCUAUGCUGUUAAAAGUAUGUAAUAUCCAAGAUAUUGAACUUGCAUUGUAUUCAAGGAUAGAAAGAAACCCUUUUAACGCGUGGUGCACAUUUUUCAAUGAAAUAUGUGGACGUUUUAAAGUUAUUGAGCAUUUGGAUGAUGCAUUGAAAAUCCAAGACGUAUUAUUCCAUUAUACUUCUACGACAGUUCCAGUUGUAAAUAUAAGUAAUCUUGCAGCAAGAGUAGUUAAUAUGAAACUGCAUUGGGUAACAGAUAUUUUGGAUAUUUGUUAUAUCUUAACGAUAAAUGGAAAAUAUGAUAAUGUUACGUUGAUAUUAAGUUGUAAAUUAUUUAAGAAUUUCUGGCCAGUUUUACUGUUUAAAGUUUUAAAUGAUUGUACUAAUGAAGAAAUUGUUUCAAACAAAUCUGAAGAACAUCAUAAAAUGAUAUGUAACUCAAUUCAAUUUUUAACAUUAAAAUGUAAUUUUGAUACAUUUUAUGAUUCUCUUUUUCAAGUACUUAACGUUUCAUUGAACAAAUGUGUUAAAAUUGUGGAGUACAUCAUAAAUUGGAUGAAAGAUAGUUCUGGUAUGAAUAAUGAUGAUCAAAUUCAAGAACCAAUUAAACAGAGAAUUUCCAUAAAACAGAUAUUUAAUCUUCUACUACAUUUUAAUAGUCUUUCAGUACUGAAAAUGACAACGAAUAUUCAUGAACAGCAGUAUGAUAAAAUCAGAAACUUAUUACAGGAUCUUUCAGAACCUGAAAAUAUUUUUUAUGCAUAUUGCAGCGUUCUUAGCGCUUUAAAAGCUAUUUUAUUAUGCGACAAUUACGAUACAAGACGAGAUAUUAUUACAUGCCAUUUUUCUGAUAUGAAACAUUAUGUACAAAUGGUAUAUCCACUGAAGUUGCGAAUAGAUGUAAUAAAGGAUAUAUUUUCUUUACUUUUCUUGAGACAUGAAGACUUUGAUCAUUCACAAAAGAAUUAUAAUAAGAGCAGCAAGAGUACCUCGAAUGAACUAACAAAUUUUGAAAAUAAAUGGUUGGAAUUAUCUUCAACAGGUUUUUUUUGUAAUAAAUAUAUUAUAAGAGAUAUGUUAUAUCAUUUGAAAGAAAUCAUGUUAGCCACAGAAGUUGAAUUUACAAAAAUGAAAGAUAGUUAUACAGAAGUAGAUCAAAUUCAAAAAGACAUCUCAUCUAUUAAUGCAGCAAUUGCAGAUGCUAGAUGGAGGCUGGAAAUUUAUACAAAUUUACAAUUUACAGAAGAUAUUAAUAUGUGUAAAGAUACAAAUAAAAAUUUGUAUACUAAGCAUAAGAUUCUGUUAGAUGGAAAAUUAAUUUUAAAUCGUUUCAAAGAGAAUGUGCUUUUUUACCAAAAAGUUAGUACAUCGGAUGAUACGAAAAUUCGAUCUGACAGUAGCUCAGAAUCGGAACCAACACAUAACAACAUUAAAUGGAAAAAACGUUCUAAAAAUACAACAUUGACGAUAGAUGCUACGGCAACCAAAGAUGUAACACACAAACCAAUGUUUAUAAACUUUAUGUUAGCAACUAAAGAAAGCCUGGUUAUUCAAUGUUUGUGGAAAAAUGAUUAUGUAAAGGCACAGGAUAUUAUUGAGGCAUCUGAUAUGAAAAAUAAUAACUUAAAUGGAGAACUACAAUUUUCUAAAGCAUUAUACAUGUUUAGAGAAAAUAUAUAUAAACAAGGAAAUACUUUACAGGAUAAAAACGAAUUUAAAAAAAACUUACAGCCUUCUACAUUAGAGAAUAUAAGACAAGUUGCACAAGAAGGAAUACUUUCUUCUAGACAAACUAGUCAACUGGAAACUUUCUUGGCAUCUCAAGAAAUUAAUUUACGAAUGUUGAACAUGGAUAUCCUCAAUAGUAAUGAAAUAUUAACAAUAUGUGUACUAGAUCUGGCUUUAACUACAAGUCAGAUUUAUUCUAUUUCAAACAAUCUUUACGACGUCGCAAUGAAAUAUUUGAAAUUAUGCAAAACAUUUGACAAUACAGAAUAUGAGCAUUUCUUUUCUAAAAUUUAUCAGUUGUUACAUGAAAAAAAAGAUGAGAUAACUGUGGAAAAUAUACUCUGUGAUGCGAAAGUUCCUCUCACCAUAAAGGAAUUCAAAGAGACAGAAGACUUUUGGCAUAAUAUCGUGAUCGAGCAUCAUGAAUUUAAAGAAUCUCAGACAAAUAAAAAUACAAUUAAUAACAUUUUGAAAGAUGGCCAUUACUUGUCAGGUUUAAAAAUUCUGAGCAAGAUGACUGUUAUCUCCAAUGAAACUGAGAAAUAUAUGCAAAUAAUCUAUCUCCAUUUACAACUUUUGCAUACAAUUAUUCCAACUGAUCAACAGAUACUUACAGUUUCUGACUUACUAAAAUAUCCAUUACAUUAUUAUUUUGGUCAUCAAAUUUUUGAUCUUAAUGUUGAGCCGGAUAAGCUUGAAAUAGUUGCUCAUAAAUUGCAAGUUAAUUUAGUGUAUAGCAUUCUUACCAAUGCUUGUCCUAUAUUUUUGUAUAAAAGAAAUAUAAAAUAUCCUAUUAAUAAUAAAGAAAGUGGAUGCAUUAUUUUGAACAAAGCAUCGUGCAAAUUGGAUUUAAACCAUAAAAUACAAGGUCCAAAUCAGUGUGCUUCAGAGGUACUAACAGAACUUUUACAAGUCUUAGAAAGUAUGGAUGUCGAUCAAUUUUCCUUGAAUCAUGACAUUUGUAAAUCUAUUUCAAAAAAUCCAGCUAUUCAAGAUGUAUUAAAUAAAACGUCUCGUCUUAUAAACUUAGAUUUGAGUGAAUUAUCCACAGGAGAUGAAACAUUGACUUUUCUGUUAAAUGUGUGGAAUCUUAUGUUUCUUCAUGCCAGCUUAAUUAUCUGGGUGGAUCAUCCUCCAUUAAAUGAUUUGGAACAUGCGAUUUCAUUAAUGUCAACUGGUUAUUUAAUUGGUGAUUUGGGUUUAGUCACACUUGCUGCGCUCAGAUCGAAAUUGUUCAAUAAUAUGAUAUUAGAUGAUACAUUUUUUAUGGAACUGGAAGAACUUAAUGAACCAGUGUGGCAAGAUUUAGACAUCACCCAUGACCCAAGAGUAAUUUUUAUAAUGGCCAGUGAAUUUUAUGGAACACCUUGCAUUCGAAUCUGCAGUCCGGAAUCGGUGAACGAAAGUCUAAGGAAAGCUUUCCUGGAAUAUAUUGAUUAUUAUUCACAGAGACUCGAGAAGUCUGAACAAGUCACCGAAACGCAAAGAGUAAUUUUAUUACCUGAUACUGUGAAACAAUAUCAAAAUUUUAUUUCUGAGAAUGGCAAAAACAAUAUUUACGAUAUUCAUAAUACUGACAAUUUAUUAACAGUAGAUGAUUAUUUUAAGCAUUUUAAGGAGAAUAUAAUAAUACAAUACAUGGCACCUUCGUAUUCGUAUGAUGUGAUAUUGAAGUAUAAAAAUGUAUCUUAUAUGCAACAUCAGAAACAAACCAAUUUGAAUAAGAGUAUUCAGAAAGUAGAUACUGUACGACCAAGUUUAUUACAAUAUUUGGAAAACUAUUGUUGGGUUGUUUCUUAUCUUCUACAAAGAAUAUAUAAUGAAAAUCCAACUAUUUUAGAAAAUAACUGUGAUAAUUUGAAACGUACUGCUUGCCUUGAAAAUCUGUUAAGUUCAUCUUGGAUAAGAGAUAUGAAACCCCUUUUCGAAUGUAAUCAAGCUCUAGUAGCUAUUCUCGAAAUAAUACCAAUACAGAAACUAUGGUCACAUUUCGAGGUGAUGCUAAAAGCAAAUGAAUGGCAUAAUUGUUUAAAGCUUAUAAAUGCUUUGCCAGAUAAUCUGGUUUUAAGUAUGGAAUUGCAAUAUUUUAAAGAUAAAGUUCUAAGUUAUAUUGUUUCCAAAGAAGAAGACUCCAAAAUAUUGCAAUAUGUGUAUCAAAUCAAAGAUAUUUAUAUAUUAAGUCAAACAGUAUUAUAUAAUGUCAACAAAUGGCACGUGGAUAUUUGUGUAAAUGCUUUACUUCAUUCAGUGCAUCACGUGGAUAGUUACAAGUUACCUACACACUGUAAAUUACAGUUAAAAGAAAUUUUACAUAGAGUUCUCCUAUUUCACAGAAUAGUUCCAUAUUGUAUGACUCGUGGCUCUUGUUAUAACAUUGCCUAUUGCACAGACAAAAUUGACCCACUUCAACUUAUCAAAUCAUUAAUAAAUGCAAAUAAAUUCGAAUUAUGUUUGGAAUGGUUAGAGAGUCAAGCAUUUUCUUUAGAAAUACACCUUUCUAUGGAACAAGAUAUUUUGAUGGGCCUCUUAAAAAAUGAAUCUCAAAGCUUUAAUCAAACGUUAAAGUUUCUUCAAGCUUUACCUUUGAAUCAAUCGGUUAAACUAUGCGAGACUGUGUUAGAAAAAUUGGAAUCUAUCAACGCAUUGCAGUUUAUUUGUAAUUAUUUACUGGAGCAUUGUAAAGCAACUGAGACCAUCAAAUAUAGACAAACGUUAAUAGGAAUUGAAAUUUUACACAUGUUGGAAGCUCAAGAAAGAUCAUUGCAUAUUCAUCUCAUAAAAGAACCAUUAUUAAUGUUGGAACAGUUGUUGAUGAAUUGUAAAUUUGACAGUAUUCAAAAAAUACUAAAUAGAAUCGCAGACAAACUACCGCAAGCAGAUAUUUCAAGGGACAGUUUAGAUAAGAUUAUAAGAUUUUAUGCACAGAAAUCAUUGGAUUGUCGUGUAUCUUUGCAAUGUGAUAACAUUGAAAACAAAUCCAAACAUGUACAGUAUUUAGAGGCAGGAAGUAAUGAAUUUGUUAUGCCCGUUCUGGUUCCUACUAAAGAAGAAUGGGUGCCCAAUGAUAAGGCUAGGGAAUGCAGUUGUUGCAAAACUGUUAUAUUUUCCAUGUUCAACAGACGACAUCACUGUCGUAGAUGCGGCCGUGUUAUAUGUGCUCAGUGUUCUCAACACCGUAUGCAAGUACCUGGUUACCCGUCGUCUGUGUUAGUGCGUGUAUGUGAUGACUGUAAACGGCUGACAGUACUACAGACACGAGCACAUCAAGGAACACCAUCUACUGUCAGUAGCGAAACGUUUGACUGUUGGAGAUUAACGAAAGAUGAAAAACACAAUGAAUCCAUUAGAGAAGAAUUUUCAUUCGAGUAUGCACCAAACAUUUCUUUGUGUUUGGCAAUUCUUAAUCUACAUUCUGAUCAUAAAACAUAUGCCAGCUUUUUAUUAGACCGUUGCGAUGAGAUGAAACGUCUUUUGCAACCUGUUAGCGGAGGAAAAGUAAAUCCAGAAGUCGAUCAUACUGUAAUCAUCAAAAUGAUACGUUCCCUGUUGGUUGCUGCAAAAGUUAAGUGUGCCAAACUUGGUCUUAACAUUGGAUUGGUACAUUGCGAUCGUUUUUUGUCGCAAGUAGACCUUAUCGCUAGUUUGGUUCAGUCUGACUACCUGCAUCUUAUACCUUCCGACAAUUUGGAUGGGCGUGCUUUAAGAAAACUUAGAGAUUUGCUGAUUGAAAAAGAACAGUGGACCCUUGCUCUAGACGUGAGUACCAAAGCAGGGCUGGAUACUCAAAGUGUAUGGGCAACCUGGGGUAAAACAUGUUUAAAAACAGGAUACUUCGAUCAAGCUCAGGAAAAGUUUUGCCAUUGUCUUGAUAAAGUCCAGCAUGAAGAUUUUGACGAUUGGGUGAUUCUAUCAUAUCCGAAAGAUUCGACAACUGAAAGCAGAAGAGGAAACCAGAAGUCAAUGACUGAAAAUAAAACUGAUAACGAUAAAGAGUUUACAAUGGACGAGUUAAACAUAAGAAAAGCAGAAUUCUCGAAAAAUCGUCCAUUAAAAGAUCCACCAUUACUUACGGAAAUUCUUCAAAUAUUGGACACUUUGAGCACAUACAAACAGUACCCACAUUAUCCGCAUCAAUAUAAGUCUAGUGCCCCACAAGAAAUAUCAACUAAUUUUGGAUACCUUAAAGUGACAAAUCAUGGACAAAAAAAUACACUCUCAGCCAUGCAUUAUGUUUAUUAUUACGAAAGUUUGUAUUAUUUGUUAACAUAUGGAAGUUUUAAUUCGAUUCUGGAAUUUUUCUUAAAACACAAUGAAUUUAGCGAAUGCUUGACAUUCACUUUGGAAAAUGAUUUGGAACCUGAUUUAUUUUUCAAUGCGAUUUACUUGUAUUGCUUGAAAAAUGGAAAGACUGAAAAACUUCACGAAGCUAUGAAAAAUAAAGAUUCUAGUUUACUAAUUUGGAAAAAGUAUUUAAUAUAUAUUUGCUACAACUUGGAAAAAAAACAAUAUCUGCAUAUUUUGUAUCAGUUGCAGUUAUUCAUGAAAGACUCUAUAAGAGCUGCAAUGACGUGCAUUCGUUUUUACCGUGACGAAGUAAGUAAUUACACAGAUUUGUGUGUCAGAGGGAAUUUCUUGCUCGAUGCUCAGAAACACUUGGAAUCUGAGCUACAAAUUGAAAAUUUAAAUAGAAAAAGGAAAAAGAGUACAAGUUCCAUGCACAGCAAUCAAGGAAUUUUAACGAUGGAAAUGGAACCUCCUGAAAUAGAUAAACAUAUAAACACCAUCUGUAGACAAAUGGAAAUUACAAAAUUCCUAGCAACUUGCGAGAAAGAGGGCAGGGCACCGGUUCAGUUUUUAAAUUUGUUUCCGGGUAAAGAUACUGAUAGUAAAACUCUCGAACUACCAACGUUAUUUGGCAACCAGCAGCAGAAAAUAGAUCUGGCUGUUCUAGCAAUACUCUGUGGUCACAACAUUGAAGAAGGAUUUGGGAUCGCAUUCAGAAUAAUACAAGAUUAUAAUCUACCACAACAGAAAGUGUAUUCUUUAGCUGGUCAUAUCUUGACACUGAGAUAUGAUAUUCCUGGAAUAGAGCAAUUGAUUAAAUGUUGUCACACUUCUGGAAUACCAAAUUCAUAUAUUAUAUCAGAUUAUGUUCUAACACAUUGUGUAAAAUUGUUAUUGAAUCGGUUACACGGAGAACUAGAAUCAACUUCGAAAACUGAUGUAAAUAAUCUUAUCAGAUUAAUAACCGACAUAGAACUUAAAAUAAAUGCGUAUAUCGAAUGCAAGCAAUUAAAAGCUGCAUAUUUAUUAGCUGUGAAACAUGCAAGAGCACAGGAUAUAAGAAAAAUUUUGAAAGAAUCUGAUAGACUCGGUCAAAAUGCUAUUAAAGCAAUAUGCAUGAAAUGGCUUCAACAAGAACCAAAAUCAUGACUUCAGACUGUCUUAUAAAAGUAAGUAAUACAUUUUAAGUUCCUUUAUUAUACAUUUUUAAAGGCUAUUGAAGAACUUUAUACAAACAUUAGUUAAAUAACUCUAAAUAUCAAGUAAAAAUCUUCCAUUGCAUUCCACAAAUAUUUAUAUUGUAUAAUAUAUAAAGCGAUUUCACUUUUUACAUUUCUCCUUUCUUUAUAAUUGGAAGAAAUAUAUUUUUAGAUUAUUAUGCGAUAAAAAUUCAAAGCUUUUAAUUAGAUAAUAAGAUGAAAGAUUGUAAGAUGAAAAGUGCAAUAGUUGCAAUGUUUGAUGAAAAUUUAUUGAAGUAUAUGUAUGAUAAUAAAUAACAUUGAAAUA